AUUUAGGCCAUCUUUUCUUCACUUUCCUCCCUUAUCUUAGUUCUGCUAUAGUAGACCGUAGGCAACAGAGCCAAGAAUGGAAGCCAUUUUUCUCUAUUAAUGUCAAGCUAAACAAGCGGCUAGGUCAUUCUCUCUCUCCACAUUAUCCUACUGGGCAUGUCAUCAGCUGACCAUGCAUCUUGUAGAGAACUGAGGCUAAGAUGGUUUGUCCAGUGAAUUGUCAUUACAAUUAUUUCAUAAGAGACAGUAGAUGGACCUGUUAUGAUGCAAUAUCAAGAGUGAAACCUCGAUUUCCUUUUUUGAGUAAUGUAAAUGACAAACAAUAUGGCGUUUCUUUGGGAAAGUUAUACACGACGAGGCCUAAAACCUAUUUACAAGGUUCACUAAUUCAGGAGCAGCACGUUCCUCUCCAGCCUUCAAUAACGGCUUUGUCUAAAGAUCAAGAAGACAUUGUGGAAUACUUUGAGAGUGAUUCCUCAAGGGCAAAGCCAUUUUUAGAUGAUCUUAUAGUCACGAAUGGACACUAUUUUGGAAGUGAAAAAAGCUCAGAUUGUUUGAGUGACGAGGGUAACAACUUUACUGAAAGGAACCAGCUUGUGGAGGAGCCCUGGCUGUUGCAGCCGUGUGGGACCUCUCAGCACACUGAAGAAGGAACUUUGAACAUCCUUCCAACUGACCAUGCUGAGUCACUAUCAUUGUCUAAUAAUUUCAGAUAUAAUGGUGAUUUUUUCACCGAUAGUGAAAAAACGUACCAUCAAGUUGAUGGAGACUUCAGUUCUAGCUGGUCUUUCUCUGAGAGAGACCAUCCUGUUGAGGAUCCAUGGCUUCUGUAUCCAAUGUUUGAUUCUUCAGAAGCUAAUGUUAGUCCAGCUGCUGAAACUCCCACUCUCGAGGAGCCUACUCAAGAUGAGGCACGCCUUCAAGAACUUCAGGAACAGCAUCAUCAAAUUUCAGAAAAGCUUCUUUCUGGAACAGAGAGUAAUCUGCUUCCACCACCGGGUUCGAUAUCUAAUGAGAUAUUAAUCAACUGCUCUGUCUGUACCAUGCAAAGGAUAGCUGUACUUGAAGAUGGAAAUCUAGUUGAGUUAUUAUUGGAGCCGGUCAAAAGUAAUGUGCAAUGUGAUAGUGUUUACCUGGGAGUAGUUACAAAACUUGUACCUCACAUGGGUGGUGCAUUUGUUAAUAUAGGGAGCUCCAGACCCUCUCUUAUGGACAUUAAGCAUUAUAAGGAACCUUUUCUAUUUCCACUUUUUGAUUCUUCAAAGGAAAAAGAUGUGAAGUGUUCUCCGUCUUCUGUGCUUGAGAAGAACUUAGACAUCAGUCAUUUCAAACAAGCAUUCUUGGAAGAAGAUGUACUCUUUGAUGAUGAUGGGGAGGUUGAUUUUGAAGAUGAUGAAUUUGAGGAACAUGUAAAUGAAGACGACAUGGGUUUCGAAGAAAAUCAAAAGGGAAAUCUUACUAGGGGUAACGAUAAUGGAACUGGCUCAAAUCUUGGGAACUUUGAAUAUCAAUUGGAUGGGGAUGGGAACCAUCUAAAGGUUCAAACUGAUUCCCAACAAUCUCAUGUGAAACGACGUAAAAACAAGAACGAGCUCCACAGUGCUGAAGAAAUGUGGGCUCUUGUCCGCAAAGGCACCAAGAUACUAGUGCAGGUUGUGAAAGAGGGAUUGGGUAAAAAAGGUCCCACGUUGACUGCUUAUCCAAAGCUUAGGAGCAGAUUCUGGGUGCUGAUCACUCGGUGCAAGAGUAUUGGAGUAUCGAAGAAAAUUUCUGGGGUUGAACGCACACGCUUGAGAGUCAUUGCGAAAUCAUUGCAGCCCUCUGGUUUUGGUGUGACCAUUAGAACUGUUGCUGCCGGUCAUUCUGUGGAAGAACUGGGGAAGGAUUUGGAAGGGUUGCUGUCAACCUGGAGAAAUAUCGUUGAACACGCAAAAUCUGCAGCACUUGCAGCAGAUGAAGGUGUUGAAGGUGCUGUGCCUGUUAUUUUGCAUCAGGCAAUGGGGCAAACACUAUCUAUUGUCCAGGAUUAUUUCAAUGACAAGGUUAAGAGAAUGGUAGUUGACUCCCCAAGGACAUACCAUGAGGUGACCAAUUAUCUGCAGGAUAUUGCUCCGGAGCUCUGUGACAGAGUUGAGUUACACAGGAAAAAUGUUCCUUUGUUUGAUGAGUUCAACAUUGAAGAAGAGAUCAAUAAUAUUCUUAAUAAAAGGGUUGCCCUUCCAAAUGGAGGCUCUUUGGUAAUUGAACAAACUGAAGCAUUGGUCUCUAUUGAUGUAAAUGGAGGCCAUGGUAUGUUUGGUGAAGGGGCCUCACAAGAGAAGGCUAUUCUUGAUGUCAACCUUGCUGCUGCAAAACAAAUUGCCAGAGAAUUGCGGCUCAGGGAUAUUGGUGGAAUCAUUGUGGUUGAUUUUAUUGAUAUGAUGGAUGAUUCCAACAAAAGAUUAGUCUAUGAAGAAGUCAAGAAGGCAGUCGAGAAGGACCGCUCAAUUGUUAAGGUUUCUGAAUUGUCCAAGCAUGGACUUAUGGAGAUUACCAGAAAGAGGGUGCGCCCAAGUGUGACAUUUAUGGUAAGUGAACCAUGCACUUGCUGCCAUGGUACAGGGAGAGUUGAAGCUCUAGAGACGUCUUUCUCAAAAAUUGAGCAUGACAUUUGCCGCUUGCUAGCAACAGUGGACCAGAAACCGGAUCCUGAGAACCCUAAGUCCUGGCCCAGAUUGUUGUUGAGAGUUGAUAGUUACAUGUCUGACUACUUGACCUCGGGGAAAAGGACAAGACUAGCAACUUUGAGUAGCUCUCUGAAAGUGUGGAUUCUUUUAAAGGUUGCAAGAAAUUUGACGAGGGGUGCAUUUGAAGUGAGAUUACUUGCUGAUGAAAAGGAACAUACUAAUCAGCAACUAGUUGGUGUGGCCACUCUAUCGGAAGCUGAGACAUCAAUACCCAUCAAAAGAACCAAGCUGUUUCCUGUGAAGAGAUGGAAGGCGGGAAGAAAAUUAUUGCCAUGAAAUUUUGUCAUGAGGUCUCUGUUUUGAGAUGGGAAGACAGGUAGCAAAAAGCUAGCAGUACAACUUAAGAUCAAUCAAAUUCCCUAUCUAAAAUAUUUGGUGGAAGAUGAUUUUGCAAGUGGGUCAGUAGUUAUUGCAGACGCGAAGUAGUCCAUGCAAGUUUGUGGAAUAUCCAAAUCUAAACCGUGUUGUGAAAAAUCCAAGGAAAUUAAAGCUUGAAGUUCCAAUCGUUGCAUUUGUUUCGCCUUCAGGGUUUUUUUAAUUGGGAUUUUAGCCAGCAGUAUCAGCCCCGGGGAGAUCAGGGCAGCCAAUUCUUCAAGUUUCUGCAAGUCCAAGCUAACCUUGAAUUUUUUAGUAGAAUUUUUGAGUAUGUAAUGAAACCAUGGUAAAACGGCAUGUAUAGGAUUGCUGGCUAUGAUUUUGUUAGUUACAUGUAAAUCAAUGUGAUUUUCAUAGUCAAGAAAGAGGGUUUACGUUUUGAUCUUAAGAAUGAAUAUUUGCACCUAUAAUGAUGACUAGUUUCAGUUUGGCUAA